UAAACCCCAUACCAACUUCCACACUCCGUCCCUUCCUAUGGCUUCCGCCACCGUCGAUUCCGCCGCAAGCCCUACAGACGGCGGAUUACUCCGAUUGGAUUCAAUUCCCAUUGUGGAUCUCCGCCUCCUCUCCCAGUCGGAGCUCAAUUCCCUCUCCCGCUGCUCCUCCACCGCCGCCGACGACGUCGUCAUCCCAAUCAUCGACCGCUCCGUCUUCAACGAGUCCGCCGGCUCCAGAAAGCAGACCUACUCCCGCCUCCGCCUCGCUCCCACCGAUCCCUCGUCCCCCGCCACUCCUCGCUCCCGCACGCCCCAUCUCCGCUCCCCCGCCGCCGCCUAUGGCUCCAUCAACACUAAAACCGAUCCGGAAAACGUCGAGAAUCACCAAAUCAUCAAUCUCCUGAAGCAAUUCUUCGUCGCGGACAUGGAUCCCGCCGAUUUAUUCCCGGUGAAAAUAGAAUACCUAAAUUCGCUGCCUCCGCAGCAAUUUUCAUCCCCGCCGUCUCCGCCCCCGGCUAAUUUCCCCUCUAUCGGAGUCAAACGGAAGCGCGGCCGGCCCCGCAAGGCCGUGGAAGUCAGUGUAAUUGACGGAAGCUAUGCGGAUACGUUGCAAUUGCCAAUGCCAUCGCUGAGUGAAUUCAUUCCGCGUGACAAUGCGGAUGAUAAAGACAGAGAAGUGUUGAAUAGCGACGGAGUGGCCGUGGAUUUGGCGGCGUUGGGCGCCUCGGAGCAUCCUUAUCGGGAGGAGAUCCGGCAGAGGACCGAUGGAAUGCGAACAGAAGAGGAAUUGUUAGGGUUUUUGACGGGAUUGAAUGGAAGGUGGGGAAGUAGGAGGAAGAAGAAGAGGAUUGUUGAUGCUAAUGAGUUCGGAUCGAAGCUGCCGGUUGGUUGGAAGCUUUCGCUCUCUGUGAAGAAGAAAAAUGGCAAUGUAUGGCUCUAUUGCCGUCGCUACAUAAGCCCCAGUGGACUGCAUUUUGUUACAUGCAAGGGAGUAUCAUCAUACUUGCUCUCUCUUCAUGGCAUGCAAGAUACAAAUCCAUGCUUUGUCCAAUAUAAUGACAUUGUUCAUGAUGCUGAUAAAUUGACUACUGUCCCACUCGUUGUACAAGAUGAUUAUGAAAUUGAAACCUUCUCCCAUGCACCAUCACCUCCUUUGGAUUUGGUAACUACUAAUCCUGAAAUCCAAGUUACAGUAAAUUUGGGGAAUGCUUCAGAGGAUAGAAUAGGAGAGAGUCUAUGUUGCCACAAGUGCAAUAUAACUUUCAAAGACAAAGAUGAAUUGUUGAACCACCAAUCAUCGCUUCACCGGAAAAACAGAAACAAAAACAUUGUUCGCAUUACUGAUGGAGUGAUUAUUAAGGAUGGAAAAUAUGAGUGCCAAUUCUGUCACAAGACAUUUAGUGAAAGACAUCGGUAUAAUGGUCAUGUUGGUACCCAUGUGAGAUUCCAACCUAAGAUGGUUGGAGAGUUUGCUCAGUCUGUUUAUCCCACUUCUGUCAAUGUAUAUCCUACUCAAGAUAAUGCAGUGGAAGGAUCAUCAAAGUCUCAUAAUGCUAUGGAUGUUUGCAACACUAUCACAAAUAAUGGGCCAACUAUUUACUCAAAUCAUGAUAAAAUUGAUGGCCAUUUCGGAGAGUUUGAAGAUGGUAGUCGAAACAUUAGAGGGAUGGAUAAAGCUACUGAUACAGUCACUGAAACGAAUCAUUCGUCAGUUCUGGAGGUUCUCUUUACCAGCAAUAAGAAUAAAAGUUCACAUAACGACGCAUGCCUGAACGAUUCUGCUGCUGAAAUCAAUAAAGAUGGUUCUGUGAUGCAAGAGGGAAUGAUGAUGGAAUCAACUUUGUCUCAAAAUGGCGCUGCAGAUAGUGAUAUGACUGUCGGUGUGAUUGAGAAUUCUGUAUCUACCGAUAACCCCAUGCAAAGUAUGGCAUCUGAAUGUUUAUUAGAUUCUAAUGAUCAUAUGGAAGAAUGUCCGGUGGUGAAUGAUAAUCAGCAUAGAAGAAAUGAUAGCAAUCAAAAAACAAUGGAGCUCAACUUUGAUUCUCAGAAUCUUGGAUUGAAUGAAUCUGUAUUCUCUCUUUUUGGGACUCAAGGUCAAGGACAGCAAGAGAAGGAUUUAGCAGUUAGUAAGAGUGAUUUGGAAAUCUUGCCUUGUAAGGGCAUUGCUACCACCGAGACUGUAACUUCUGAACCAGAGGCAUCUAAACUUGAGAAAGGUCCUACCAUCAGUAUGCCCAUAGCUGAUAAUGGAAAAGCAUGUAAAGAAGACAAUGUUCCCUGCUCUGCAGUUACAUGUAAAGUCGGUGAUACACUUAGUUUCAGUAAAUGUGAGAAUGAGAGUUCCAAGGCGAAUAAUGAAGGUGCGGACAUGCAUGAGGAACUGCAAUAUGGAAUGGAUUCAGUUAUUCAGACUUGGAAUACGCAAGAUAAUGCGCCCAAUAAAGAUGUCUCUGAGAUAUUCUCUCAUCUUUUGGAUGUGCCAGGGGUGCAAGGCAUGUCUAAAAGUCAGUUAGCUGCUAAUGAUAAAAACCCAUAUCAUUAUGAAAAUAAUGAUGGUGGAGUUUGUGGAAGGGAGACAAAAAUGCCCGAAUUUGAUUGUCUCCAAAAUUUUGGGAGUGGUCAAUCUAGUGACUUUUUCAGCAGCAGCUCUGCUAUAGUAAGUUCCAAUUCCAUUACAGGAGCCAACCAGGAUACAAGACUUGGAGUGUGCUCUCCUUUUAUAUCUACAACUGAUAAGCAGUUAUCUGCAGAAGAUAAUAUGAUUACGAUGUUCAAUGAUACUAUGAAAGAGCACAGACAGGAUCCAUCUGAAGGUAUAUUACUCAAUCAGUCAGGUAUUUCAGAAAUGUCAAAUGGGGCAUUUUCAUCCGAUAAGGUUUACACUACUGCUAAUCCUUCUGAACUCAAUGGAAUCGAGAUUGCUGGUAAGCAUGAGCUAAGCCUUUCUUUUGGUAGUCUUCAGACAGAUAUGUGUGCAGAGUCGAAUAGGGUUGAACAGGAAAGCUAUCGAGGAAAUAGCUUUAACAUCGAGCCCGCUGGCCUUAAAACAUAUGGCAAUCCAACUCGUUCAAGUAUCCUGAGCAGUAACAUAGCUGCUGACAUGGAACAAGCCAGACCUUUUGGAUAUUCUAAUAUAUCCUUCAAUGACACAAUAAAUGAACCUGGCAAUAGUUUUAACGUGGUUCAGGGGGAAAGGGACUGGGACGGGACCAGAGGAAACGAGGUAAGAACUUCUAGCCAGAACUUUAUGGGUGCUUUUGGGAAUAGCAGCUUGCCAACCAGUGAGUGUGCUGCAGCUGAUGGUUCUUGGAGAAAUGGUCCUGAUAAUUUGUUUGGAGGUUGUUAUGAUGCUAAUUCAGCCCCACACAUUCAAUCUUCUAGCUUUUUUCCAACUUUUGGCCUUGCACCAACUACGGGGCAAGGAAGCUCAUUUGGUGUGGAUCACAACUACGGUAUUCAAAGUGACAUGAUGAGGCCAGUUAGAGCCCAACCCGUCGAAUACAGUUUCAUGAGUGAGCAACGUGUAAACUCGUUACCUGGAGAAGCCAAGAAUUUUCCAUAUGGUACAAAUAUGGAACAAGAGAUGGAUCCCUCAUUUUGGUUGGGAAAGGAUGCUUUAACGCCAAAUGCAUCCCGUAUUAGUCAGGCUACGUCCAUUUGCGUAUGGUGCAGCAACGUAUUCUUGAACGAGCACGUUGAAGCAGGAGCACAGACAGGUGCAAUUGGCACUAUCUGUCCAUCUUGCAGUUCGAGAAACCCGGGACAUUUCAAUGUGCUCUAGUGCACCCCGAUCUCCCUUCCAGCGCCGCCUUCCUCAGAUGAAUUCUUUUGCAACUCCCAAGAAUAUCUAUGACAAUAGGUAACCCAUUCGUUGCAGGAUUAUUACAGAAAGAUUUUUGGAAUUUUGGUUAGUUUUAGAAUGAAUCAAUAGAUAUGGCUGUACAUGUUUUUUUUUUUUUGACAGAUUGUAGAUGUUUUUUUUCCCAAUUCAAUU